AUGGCGGCGCCCAGCGGAAAGAGCGACGGCGGCAGAAGCGCGAGCUUGUGGGCCGCGGUGCUGCUGACGGCCAUGGCACUGAGGCCGGCCGAGGCAGUGUCCGAACCCACGACGGUGGAGUUUGACGUGCGACCCGGCGGCGUCGUACACACUUUCUCCCAAAACGUGGGCCCUGGGGAUAAAUACACGUGCGUGUUCACCUACGCUUCUCAAGGAGGGACCAAUGAGAAGUGGCAGAUGAGCCUGGGGACCAGCGAGGACCAUCAGCAUUUCACCUGUACCAUCUGGAGACCCCAGGGAAAAUCCUACCUCUACUUCACACAGUUCAAGGCGGAAGUGCGGGGCGCCGAGAUCGAGUACGGCAUGGCAUAUUCUAAAGCCGCGUUUGAAAGAGAAAAUGAUGUUCCCCUGAAAAAUGAGGAGUUUGAAGUGACCAAAACAGCAGUGACUCACAGGCCUGGGGCCUUCAAGGCUGAGCUGUCCAAGCUGGUGAUUGUGGCCAAGGCGUCCCACAGUGAACUGUGA